AUGCAGAACGACGCCGGAGAAUUCGUUGACCUGUACUGUCCCAGGAAAUGCUCGGCCAGUAACCGUCUCAUCCACGCAAAAGACCAUGCCUCGGUGCAGUUGGUGAUCGCCGAUGUGGACCCGGCCACGGGCAGAGCGGCCGACACUUCCAAGAUGUACGUCAUCUGCGGAGCUAUUAGGCGAAUGGGGGAGUCGGACGACUGCAUCGUCAGACUGACCAAGAAAGAUGGGAUUCUUAUUAAGUAA